AUGGCUCAGCUGGCACGCUAUUGUUGCGGGUUGUCGGUUUGUUUGAACUGUAAUCGUGUAGUGUGUGUACUGGCACACUGCUGCUGGAGCCGCAAGAGAUGCGAGAGCCGCGAGAGAUGCGAGAGCCGCAAGAGAUGCGAGAGCCGUAAGACAUGCCAGAGCCGCAAGAGAUGCGAGAGCCGUAAGAUAUGCGAGAGCCGCAAGAGAUGCGAGAGCCGUAAGACAUGCGAGAGCCGCAAGAGAUGCGAGAGCCGCGAGAGAUGCGAGAGCUGCAAGAGAUGCCAGAGCCGCGAGAGAUGCGAGAGCCGCGAGAGAUGCGAGAGCCGCGAGAGAUGCGAGAGCCGCGAGAGAUGCGAGAGCCGCGAGAGAUGCGAGAGCCGCGAGAGAUGCGAGAGCCGUGAGAGAUGCGAGAGCCGCGAGAGAUGCGAGAGCCGCGAGAGAUGCGAGAGCCGCGAGAGUUGCGAGAGCCGCGAGAGAUGCGAGAGCCGCGAGAGAUGCGAGAGCCGCGAGAGAUGCGAGAGCCGCGAGAGAUGCGAGAGCCGCGAGAGAUGCGAGAGUCGCGAGAGAUGCGAGAGCCGCGAGAGAUACGAGAGCUGCAAGCGGCGUGACAGCCGCAAAACUUGA